CGGCCAAGUGUAUAUAUGUACCCUAGGGAACGGGCAUGUCCGGGGCAUGGGCGCUCCUGGGCAGGCCUAUCAUCCAUCUCCGGACGGCGGCCAAACCCUCAAACACUCAGCAGAGUUUCAACUGUGGUUUUAAGCCACCGCCCAGGACGCGGGAGGGGGUGCCAGGGCAGGCCCUCCUCCCCCCUCCCCCAAGAUCACAAGAUAGUUUGCAUCUGGUUUACAUUCAGCCCUGGGCCCUGGAGGUGGAAGAGGGGGGUCCCCUGGGUCCCAAGGGACCCCCGGGAUCAUUAUGACCUGCUGCAGCGGCUGGGUGGCGGCACCUAUGGAGAAGUCUUCAAGGCUAGAGACAAGGUGACGGGGGACCUGGUGGCAGUGAAGAUGGUGAAGAUGGAGCCUGACGACGAUGUUUCCACACUUCAGAAGGAAAUCCUCAUCUUGAAAACUUGCCGGCAUGCCAACAUCGUGGCCUACCAUGGGAGUUAUCUCUGGCUUCAGAAGUUCUGGAUAUGCAUGGAAUUCUGUGGGGCUGGUUCUCUCCAGGACAUCUAUCAAGUGACAGGCCCCCUGUCAGAGCUCCAGAUUAGCUAUGUCUGCCGGGAAGUGCUCCAGGGACUUGCCUAUCUGCACUCACAGAAGAAGAUACACCGGGACAUCAAGGGAGCCAACAUCCUCAUCAAUGAUGCUGGGGAGGUCAGACUGGCUGACUUUGGUAUCUCGGCCCAGAUUGGGGCCACGCUGGCUCGACGCCUCUCUUUCAUUGGGACACCCUACUGGAUGGCUCCAGAAGUGGCGGCCGUGGCCCUGAAGGGGGGAUACAACGAGCUGUGUGACAUCUGGUCCCUGGGCAUCACAGCCAUAGAACUGGCCGAGCUGCAGCCGCCGCUGUUUGAUGUGCACCCCCUCAGAGUUCUCUUCCUCAUGACAAAGAGUGGCUACCAGCCCCCCAGGCUAAAAGAAAAAGGCAAAUGGUCGGCUGCCUUCCACAACUUUGUCAAAGUCACCCUCACUAAGAACCCCAAGAAACGGCCCGGCGCCACCAAGAUGCUAAGUCAUCAGCUCGUGUCCCAGCCCAGGCUAAAUAGAGGCCUGAUCCUAGAUCUUCUUGACAAACUGAGGAAUCCAGGGAAGGGGGCCCCCGUGGUCGAGAUUGAAGAUGAGGAGCCUGAGGUGCCCCCUGCUGUCCCUCGGCGGAUCCGGUCCACCCACCGGGCCAGCUCUCUAGGGAUCCCAGAUGCUGACUGCUGUCGGCGGCACAUGGAGUUCCGGAAGCUCAGAGCGAUGGAGUCCAGACCCGUAGCCCACACGGCCCACUUACAGCCCCCUGAAGACUUCAGGAGCAGCAGCCCGAGGAGGCAGCUGUCAGAGUCCGACGAUGACUACGAUGAUGUGGACAUCCCCACCCCUGCAGAGGCCACACCUCCUCCCCUGCCUCCCAAGCCCAAGUUCCGUUCUCCAUCAGACGAGGGGCCCGGGGGCACCGGGGAUGACGGACAGCUGAGUCCGGGGGUGCUGGUCCGCUGUGCCAGUGGGCCUCCACCCCGUACCCCUCACCUCGGGCCUCCCCUGGCCACCCGCAGCCCCCACCUAACUGCCCAUUCAGAACCCUCCCUCUGGAACCCAACGCCCCCGGAGCCUGAUCAGCCCCCAUUGUUACCGCCGAAGAAGGAAAAGAUGAAGAGAAGGGGAUGUGCCCUUCUCGUGAAGUUGUUCAAUGGCUGCCCGCUCCGGAUCCACAGCACAGCUGCCUGGACACACCCCUCCACCAAGGACCAGCACCUGCUUCUGGGGGCAGAGGAAGGCAUUUUCAUCUUGAACCGGAAUGAUCAGGAGGCCACACUGGAGAUGCUCUUUCCCAGCCGGACUACCUGGGUGUACUCCAUCAACAAUGUCCUCAUGUCUCUCUCAGGAAAGACCCCCCACCUGUAUUCGCAUAGCAUCCUGGGCCUGCUGGAACGGAAGGAGACCAGAGCGGGAAGCCCUAUCGCUCACAUUAGCCCCCAUCGGCUAUUGGCGAGGAAAAACAUGGUCUCCACCAAGAUCCAGGACACCAAAGGGUGCCGCGCUUGCUGCGUGGCGGAGGGUGCGAGCUCGGGGGGCCCGUUCCUGUGCGGGGCAUUGGAGACGUCUGUGGUCCUGCUUCAGUGGUACCAGCCCAUGAACAAGUUCCUGCUGGUCCGGCAGGUGCUGUUCCCGCUCCCGACGCCCCUUCCAGUGUUCGCGCUACUGACCGGGCCAGGCUCCGAGCUGCCCGCCGUCUGCAUCGGCGUGAGCCCGGGGCAGCCGGCGAAGUCGGUGCUCUUUCACACCGUGCGCUUCGGCGCGCUCUCCUGCUGGCUGGGCGAGAUGAGCACAGAGCACAGGGGACCGGUACAGGUGACCCAGGUAGAGGAGGACAAGGUGAUGGUGUUGAUGGACGGGUCUCUGAAGUUGGUGACCCCAGAGGGAGCCCCAGUCCGGGGGCUUCGAACUCCAGAGAUCCCCAUGACUGAGGCUGUGGAAGCCGUGGCUAUGGUCGGGGGUCGCCUCCAGGCCUUUUGGAAGCAUGGAGUGCAGGUGUGGGCUCCAGGCUCAGACCAGCUGUUGCAGGAGCUGAGAGACCCCACUCUCACCUUCCGUCUGCUUGGCUCCCCCAGGCCUGUGGUGGUGGAGACACGCCCAGCAGAUGACCCCACUGCUCCCAGCAACCUCUACAUCCAGGAAUGAGUCCCUCGGGGGGUUUUGGGAACCACGCCCUGUGCCCCCAUCCCCAACGAACAUACUUAGUGGUUGUGACACCCACUUGUCUCCCAAUAAACAUGACUCCAGCCUC